AUGCCAGCAGAUCCAGUGUCUGUACAGUAUUCAAUAAGUUACAUGAGAUAUUCAACACUUUAUGAUAAAAUAGUGUUUGUCUUAGGUGAUUUUAGCCGAUUUCUGUCGGCUACUGUAGGUGUGUUUGAUAACUGCUCCCACACUGUCAGUGACAAGGGCUGGGCCCUAGGGAUCCGCUCAGGGAAGGACAUGGGAAGGCGAGAUGCUUGCUUCUUCUUCUCCCUUCGCACCGACCGUGUGAAGAAAGCCACCAUUGUGACUGGCCACAGUCGCUACCAACCAGGCACAUGGACACACGUGGCAGCCACUUAUGAUGGACAGCGUAUGGCCCUGUAUGUGGAUGGCACUCGGGUGGCUAGUAGUCCAGAGCAGUCUGGUCCCCUGAACAGCCCCUUCAUGGCGUCUUGUCGCUCUUUGCUUUUGGGGGGGGAUAGCUCUGAGGAUGGCCACUAUUUUCGUGGACACCUGGGUACACUGGUCUUCUGGUCGACCGCCCUCCCACAAAGCCACCUCCAACACAGUCCUCAGCAUCCAACUGGAGUGGAGGAACUGAGCACCCUGAUCCUGACAGCCAGUUUUGAGCCCUUGGAAGAACAGUGGGCCCCCUUUAGGGAUGGGGAGUAUCCACGGCGUGAGGUUCUGCAGGGCUUUGAGCCUGAGCCUGAGAUUCUGUCACCUUUGCAGCCCCCACUCUGUGGGCGGACGGUUUGUGACAAUGUGGAGCUGAUCUCCCACUACAAUGGGCACCAGCCCCUCCAGGGAGAGAAGGUGAUCCGCUACCAAGUGGUGAACAUCUGUGAUGACGAGGGCCUGAACCCCAUCGUGAGCGAGGAGCAGAUCAGCCGGCAGCACAAGGCACUGAACCAUGCCUUCAGCCGCUACAACAUCAGUUGGCAGCUGAGUGUCCACCAGGUCCACAACUCCACCCUGCGCCACCGGGUUGUGCUUGUGAACUGUGAGCCCAGCAAGAUUGGCAAUGACCACUGUGACCCUGAGUGCGAACACCCACUGACAGGCUAUGACGGGGGUGACUGCCGCCUGCAUGGCAGGUGCUACUCCUGGAACCGCAGGGAUGGGCUCUGCCACGUGGAGUGCAACAACAUGCUGAAUGACUUUGACGAUGGGGACUGCUGUGACCCCGAGGUGACUGAUGUGCACAAGACCUGCUUCGACCCUGACUCACCCAAGAGGGCAUACAUGAGUGUGAAGGAGCUGAAGGAGGCACUGCAGCUCAACAGUACUCACUUCCUCAAUGUCUACUUUGCUAGCUCAGUGCGGGAAGACCUUGCUGGUGCUGCCACCUGGCCUUGGGACAAAGAAGCCAUCAGUCACCUGGGUGGUGUUGUCCUCAACCCAGCCUAUUAUGGCAUGUCUGGCCAUACCAACAUUAUGAUCCAUGAGGUGGGGCAUGUCCUGGGACUCUACCAUGUCUUCAAAGGGGUCAGUGAGAGGGAAUCCUGUGAUGACCCCUGUAGGGAGACAGUGCCAUCCAUGGAUACAGGAGACCUCUGUGCCGACACUGCCCCUACUCCCAAGAGUAAGCUGUGCCAGGACCCAGAGCCUACCAAUGACACCUGUGGCUUCACCCACUUCCCGGGGGCUCCAUUCAGCAACUACAUGAGCUAUACAGAUGAUGACUGCACCAACAGCUUCACCCCUAACCAAGUGGCCCGGAUGCAUUGCUAUUUGGAUCUUGUGUAUCAGCAGUGGAGUCAAAAUCGGAAGCCCACCCCCAUUCCCCUUCCACCCAUGGUCAUUGGGCAGACCCACACAUCCCUCACCAUCCACUGGCUUCCUCCAAUUAGUGGGGUUGUGUAUGACAGGGUCCCAGGCAGUGUGUGUGGUGCCUGCACUGAAGAUGGGACAUUCCGUCAGUACGUGCACACAGCUUCCUCCCGGCGUGUGUGUGACUCCUCAGGUUACUGGACUCCAGAGGAGGCUGUGGGGCCUCCAGACGUGGACCAGCCUUGUGAGCCGAGCUUGCAGGCCUGGAGUCCUGAGCUCCACCUGUACCAUAUGAACAUGACGGUCCCCUGCCCUGCAGAAGGCUGUAGCCUGGAGCUGCUCUUCCAGCACCCGGUCCAAGCUGACACCCUUACCCUAUGGGUCACCUACCUCUCCAUGGACUCCUCCCAGGCACUCUUUGACACGGAGAUCUUGCUGGAACACCAGGAUUCUGUGCACCUGGGCCCCUUAGACACUUUCUGUGACACCCCACUCACUAUCAAACUGCAUGUCGAUGGGAAGGUCUCAGGGGUGAAAGUCUACACCUUUGAUGAGCGGAUGGAAAUUGAUGCAGCUCUGCUGACUUCCCAGCCCCACAGUCCCUUGUGCUCUGGCUGCAGGCCUGUGAGGUACCAGGUUCUCCGUGAGCCCCCAUUUGCCAAUGGCUUGCCCAUGGUGGUGACAAAUCCUCACAGGAAGUUCACGGACGUGGAGGUCACACCGGGGCAGAUGUAUCGAUACCAAGUUCAAGCUGGAGCUGGGACAGAUCUGGGAGAAGCUUCACCUCCGCUGAGCCAUAUCCAUGGAGCUCCUUACUGUGGAGAUGGGAAGGUGGCGGGGAGCCUGGGAGAAGAGUGUGAUGAUGGGGACCUUCUGAGCGGAGAUGGCUGCUCAAGGGCGUGCCAGCUGGAGGAAGGCUUCCACUGUGCAGGGGAGCCAAGCCUAUGUUACAUAUAUGAGGGAGAUGGGAUAUGUGAACCUUUUGAGAAGGAAACCAGCAUCAUAGACUGUGGCCUCUAUACUCCCAAAGGAUACCUGGAUCAAUGGGCCACCCAAGCUUACUCCUCUCAUGAAGACAAGAAGUGUCCUGCUUCCUUGGUAACUGGAGAACCUCAUUCAAUGAUUUGCACAUCAUACCAUCCAGAUUCACCAGAGCACUAUCCCCUUACUGGCUGGUUUCCCUGUGUCACCAAUGGAAAUAGACCUCAGGAUAAAAGAAGUGAGCAGACAGAAGGUAGCCUGGAGAGAGAGGAUGAGGUGUGGCUAAAAGUGUGUUUCAGUAGACCAGGAGUGGCCACGGCAGUUUUCGUUUUCUUGACAUCUGAUGGCCCAGUACUCAGAGAACAUCAGCGGCCGACAGUGACUGUUCACCUGACCGAUGUCAGUGGGAACAACCACUCUCUUGGAACCUAUGAGCUGUCGUGCCAGCAUAACCCACUGGUUAUCAAUGUGACCCAUCACCUGACUGUCCUCUCCCACCAUACCACCUCAGUGCUGCUGAAUUUCUCAUCCCCAUUGGUGGGCAUCUCAGCAGUGGCUCUAAGGACAUCUUCCCACAUAAGUCCUUCAACUCCUAAUAAGUGCAUCCCAGAGCAUGAGGGGCAAAAUCAUCAGGGACAGAGCUCUGCAUCUUUAAACCUGCCCAACUGGCCCACAGAAUCUCAGCUGAAGGCCAAUAAACCUGUCUGGCUCUCCAGUGAUGUUUAUCAUCUUUACCUUAGACCCUUUAGCUUUGAUCUCUCUCUUCAUCUUGUUUCUCGUUCUGCUAUGAUGGCUACCAGUUUAUGA